ACUCAACAUGGUGGUAGAGAUCAUUGCUGAAGUUUUAAGCAUUUCAGAGCCAGCAGCACGCUUUAUCUUUGGACUCUUAUUAACUUACCCGCAGGCAUUUAUUUAUCGUCCACUCAUAAUACCCUAUUAUUUGUGCUGCUGGUGGGUUUGCUUUGCUACAGUAUGUUUUCGGCUUGUCUGCUUCUUUGCAUUUUAUGUUGAUGUCAUUCUCGUCUAUUGUGUUUUUUUAUUAUUUGGAAAAGGGAAAGUCUCUCUAUUACUUACAUGGAUUAUUACUAUGGGUCACUUGACGUUUGGUUAUGUGAUUGUUAUAAGUUCUAAUCAAGUACAUCCUAUAUUCUGGACCAUACUUCAUUGUGUACUAGUCCUGAAGUUAAUAGGUUUAGCUCAUGAUUUGUAUGAUGGCACAAAAUCAAAGUCUUUACUGAGUGAUGAACAGAAGGAAAGGUGCUUGGCUGAGCUGCCAUCCUUUAUUGAGUAUUUUGGUUAUAGUUAUUUCUUUGCAAACAUAUUAUCAGGACCUCAGAUAAGCUAUAUAAGAUACAAGCAUUUCAUAUCAAGUAUAUUAUUUGAUUUUAAAACUACUCCAUCAAGUCUAUUGCCUGGCCUAUAGCGUCUACUUCUUGGUAUACUGACAACUGUUAUCUAUUCACAGUUUAAUAAAUAUUUUCCAUUGAGUGGAAUAUUAUCAGAAGAGUAUCAGGUAAUAAUAAUAAUGU